AAGUGAUAGCAUCGACUACAUUCUGUACACUGUAGUGUUAUGGUUUUCGUGUUGUUAUUUUAAAGAGGGAACGUUGAGAUAGGCGCUGGGCGUUUUUUGACACUGACCAACACCCAGUCACAACCCUUUUUCGUGAAAAUCAAGACCGUUCGGGUAUUUGAAGUUAGUCGGGCCGUGCACUCAAUAGCGAAAUGCAUUACAACCGUUUUUGUUCGAAAUUAUAAAAGUAUAAUUUAUGUAUAUAUACAGAUAAUUGUAUAUUUUACCAGUAAGUUGUGUAUAAGGGUUGGUCAAUCGAGUCGAGUGCUAUAAAGUAUAUAAUGCAACACAGCAGUGGCGUGAUUGGUAAACCGGACACCGUCAAACCGGCCAAGCAUAAUGGUGGUAAUAUUGCUGGGAUGUAUGAUCUGGAACAAACACUUGGUAAAGGACAUUUUGCCGUCGUCAAAUCAGCUAGACAUGUUUUCACGGGUGAACAAGUAGCUGUUAAAGUGAUUGACAAGAACAAAUUGGAAGAAGUUUCUAGGAAUCAUUUAUAUCAAGAGGUUUGUGUAGUUUUUUAUACUACGUACAACCUAGUCAUACCUACCUACAUACUAGUUUUUAAAUUUUACAAAAUUAUCUGUCUAUGUACUACCAGUUCACCAUUACCUAAUUACAAUUAAAUAAAAUUACUUAGUAAUUGGAAAUUAAGUAGAAGGAAAAAUAAUUUUUAUUAAAAUUCCAAAAACUGACAAUAUACAGAAGUAUAACUCCAGUUAUAUUAUUUUGGUCUUUCAAUUAUUUUUAUUUAUGAAAUUUUAUCUUAAUUUAUUAUAUUAAUAUUACCAUUCAAUACCUAAUGAUCAUAUUUACACAUACAAAUAUCUUACAUCUGUAUUUAUUUUCCUAUUAUGGAUUUAGGUUCUAAUUGAUUUAAUUAUAAUUAAUAAUUUAUUACACUAUAAUAGACACUUAUCUUUAAAACAUUUGAUACUUGCAUAUUAAUAUUAAAUAGGUUAAAAUAAUAAUUUAUACAUUAUCAAUAUGUUAUCAUAUUAUUCUUGUAUACAAUUGUAUAGUAGGUAAUUAAUAAUUAUUAUUUUAAUAUUUAAUUAAAGGUGUACAAUUUAAGAUUAUUCUAUGAUAAAAUGCUGUGACAUCAAAUUUAUUUUGAACAAAAUUGGUUUGUUUUUAUGUUAUGGAUCUACAUAGAAUCUUAUCACUAUAUUAAUUUGUCUAGUUAACGUUUAAAUCCAUGAUGUACUAGUACACUAUCUAAACAAUUUAAUGUUCUACCUAUCAAUUUUUUCGGUAAAAGAGUGAAAUAAAAUCAUUAGCCUUUUAAAAGAAACCUCUUAGGUAUGUUUACAUGAUAUUAUUAUAAACAAUGUAAACCAUACAUAUUCAUGUUUCUAUUUAUUUUAAGUAGGCUAAACAAAAUUUAUUUUAAACAUAGAUAGCAUAAAAGUAGAUAAUCUUGAAAUAAUUAAACCUGCAAGAUGAUAUUUAACUUAAUUAUAGUUUAAUUUUCCUUUUAGAAGAAUAUUUGGUGACAGCUGUAUAUCUUUUUGUAUAGGUUCGAUGUAUGAAACUUGUCCAACAUCCAAACGUUGUACGACUAUAUGAAGUAAUUGAUACACAUAGUAAAUUGUACCUCAUACUUGAGUUGGCGGAUGGUGGAGAUUUAUAUGACUACAUUAUGCGGCAUGAAGGUGGAUUAUCAGAGCAAUUGGCUUGUGAAUACUUUGCACAAAUUGUACGAGCAAUAUCGUACUGUCACAAGCUACAUGUAGUCCACAGAGACUUAAAACCUGAAAAUGUAGUAUUUUUUGAAAAACAAGGCAUUGUCAAACUUACAGAUUUUGGGUGAGUUAUAUUUUUACUCUUAUGUUUAUUUUUAUAUUUUGUAAAAUAUUAACCCAACAAAAAUAUUCCCUAAAGUUUUAGUAAUACAUUUUGCCCAGGGCAGAAGCUAGAAACUUCAUGUGGUUCAUUAGCUUAUUCAGCUCCUGAAAUUCUAAUUGGAAACUCAUAUAAUGCUACUGCUGUUGGUAAGAAAACUAUUUAAUGUAUUUAAUUCAAAUAUGUAUUUUUAGAUUUCGAGCUUAGCAAAAAAUGUAUAGAUUUUACAAAGAUGUUUAUUUUUUUUUUAUGUAAACACUUUCUACCAGAAAGUUUACUCCGAGUGGUACUUUAUAGAGGUCAUUAUUGACAUUUUCAUUUUAUUCGAGAUAAUGAGGAAAACCUGGUUCUUUAGGGUAAAAAAGAUUGAAAAAUUAAAAUAAGGUUGUUAUUGGCAACUGUCAUUUUUAUUUAAUUUUCUAUAUUAUUAAGUUUUUAUUAUUUUAAUCGUUUUUAAACAAUUAUUGUUAUUGUGGAACUUACACAUUGUUGUAAUCAUUUUACCAUAAUAUGAAAUACUUAAUUUAUAUUGUUGACAAAGCAGCACUAUCAAUUGAACUCCACUCAGAAUCAUUUUUUCAUUAGCAAUGGUUUAUCUUUGCUUACAGAUAUACAUUAAAAUCCUGUAUGUAUCCUACCUUCCCAACUUUCCACCUACAAUAGUGACUGUGCCCACGUGCAAAGUAUGGCCUUUUUUUUUUUUUUAUUAAGUGUUUAAAAGUUUAGAAAAAUUAAAGGUAUAGGUAGGUUAGGUUAAGUUAAAUACUAUUUUCAAUGUUUAUUUUAUAAUCCGUUUAUAUAGUUGAAUAUUUAAUUUACACAGUAUAUUUUAAUAUGGUUAUAUUAUUAUCACAAUAAUUUUUAUUAAACUAAUUACUUGAAUGAUUUAAUAGAGCAAUUCAAAAUUAAAUAGUUUAUACAUGUUCAAGUUUUUAUGAAUCUUUAAUAUACAUAAAAUAUAUUCAAAUACUGUUUUAGAAAAAAAAUUGAUUUAAUAUCAAAUAUAUUCAUACAGUAUUUCUCGCAGUAUAUUCAUAUUAGUAUAGAACUGAAAUUAUUUUUUAUAUUUUAAAGAUAUCUGGUCAUUGGGUGUAAUUCUAUACAUGUUGGUGUGUGGCGAAGCACCUUUUCAUUCAGCUAAUGACAGUGAAACCUUAACUAUGAUAAUGGACUGUAAGUAUAAGGUAUCCAAUCAUGUGUCAGAAGAAUGUAAACAGCUCAUUGGUCGCAUGCUUGUGCGAAAUCCUGAAAAACGAGCAUCUCUUGAAGAAAUUGCCGCGGAUGUUUGGUUGAAAAAUGUUGAUGUGAUAAAUAAUGAUGAAAGUCCAUUAGUGUCUAAACAAUUAAUUAAUGAAGAUGAUCAUGCUUUGAUUGUACAAAAAAUGAUCACAGGAAAAAUUGCGACAAAAGAACAAAUCAUGGAGUGAGUACAACUUACAAAAUAUGCCAUUUAAAUACUUAAGAAAUUUAUAUAUGUAUAAAAAUGAAUAAUUUUCAUUAAUACAAUUUUUAAACUUUAGGGCUUUGGAUAAAAAUGAGUACAAUCAUAUGACUGCUACUUAUUAUUUACUUGCAGAAAGAAAACUUAACUCAGCAAUACCAAAAAAAUUGAAUAAUAAAAGGUAAUUUGUGUUUAAUUUAUAAUUAAUUUACCAUUUAUGAAGAAAAUUAAUAUACAAAAAUAAUAUUUCAGUGAUAAAAUUGUUCCUCAGUUAAAAUUAGAAAAUUGUACUCAAAAUAAUAAUGCUUUGGGUUUAGUCAAUGUAUCGCCAAAAUCUGCUAUAUUAGGAUCAUUACAUUCUGAUCGACCCAAAGUAAUAUGAAAAAAUGUUUUUAUAUAAGAAUUUUUUUUAUAUAUAUUGUUUAAAUAUUUGUACAGAGAACUCGGAAAUGUAGUGUUGUAGUUGAAGAAGAAGAUGAAAAAGAAGAUGAAGAAGAUGACGAUGACAAUAGUUCAUUAAAUCGAAGAGGCUCUCGAUCGGAAGGAAGAUUAAAUACAAUAGCUUCUGAACUACGAACAAAAAAACUUUCUAUUACUGAAGUUCAUGAAUCAAAUACUACACCUAUUUCCAUUGUUUGUAGCAGAACUCCAACACCUUUCGUGUCUGCUCAAAGUUCACCACAACUACUUGACGAUAAGCAGAAUAGGAUUGGUAACUACAUAACAUAUGAACAAAGACGAAGCAAAAUGCAUAAAAAUCGUACCGCUUCCUGUAGUAGCUCUGAAACCAGUGACGAUGAUACUGAUGGUCGUAAAAAACGUGGCAGUAGUAGGUCAUUGGCUUCGUUUAAAGGUAAUGAUAAAGAUCCUGAUAAUGAUGGAAUGGGCAAUGCUGGUGGUCAAGGACCAGAGCCUACACACGAAGAUGAUACUAGCAACAAAGAAAAGGAUGGAAAUAGUGGAAAUAAAACUGAAAGACCGAGUGGCAGUACUGCGGGCCGACGACGAUGUAUAAGUGCAAAUGUUAGAAGUCGAAGAGGUCGAUCUGCUGAAACUAGGUUGAGGGAAAGCCAAAGUCUGAAUCGGAUUACUGAAGUUCAAGAAUCUGAAGUAAAUACUCCCAGUUCAACUGCAAAUUGCAAUCAUUUUGAGUUCAAUAACAAAAAUAAUCAGGUUUAUAAAUCAUUAUAUCAAUUUUACCUAAGGAAAAUUAACUUUGCUAUCAUCCACUAUUUCAUAUCCACUAUAUAUAUUUCACAAUUUCAUUAUUUUAUAAAAAAUAUGAAUGACUUUCUACCAGAAAAAAUGAUUUAAUUAAAAAAUCACAAGAUAUCUUUUUUGUUACCUUUUAUGAUUUACUUUCAUACAGAAUCAUCGUCAAAACUUUUGAGCUUUUAAGGAAUUUAAAUUUUUGGGAGUUUUUUGUUGUAAUUUGAUUAUAAAUAUACCUAGAGACUUAAAACUUGGUAAUAAUAUUUAUAUUAGACAUACCUAGAAGUAGUAAAAUUUUCAAAAUCAUCGUACGACUUUUUUAAUAAUCAUUUUGAAAUCAAAUUUAAAUGAAAAUUGCAAAAAAAAAUUAUGGCACUUCAUAUUACCGAACUGCACUUGGAAUCGUCUUUUGUCAAGCAAUGGUUUAUCAUUGCUUACAGAUAUAAAUGAAAUAACCUUAUGUAUCCUACUUUCCCAACUUCUCAACUACAACAGUAGCCGUUCCCAUUCCUAGUAUCAAUUCUUUUUUUAAUUAUGAAGAUUGUAGUAAAAUCAGAAUAUUUCAUAAACUAUUAUUUUAGAAAUUGUAGUAGUUGAUAGACUGAACACAGAACAAACAAUUGUACACGUAAGGGAGUCAGUGUAACCUUCUUCGACUCCCCCUUAUGAAAAGGAGGGGGUGAUAACUUAACUUCCCUACCACAACUAGCAUUUCUAACUUAAUGCUGUUUCAAGGAAGAGACCUAAUAAUAAAUCUAAACCUCGCCAAACAUAAAACUGCAAAACCAUAAAAUAAAGCUAUAACUUCUUUAAUUGUUUUCUUUAAAAAUUCAAAUAUUUUGAGAAUUAGCUUCAAAAAAUGUCUUUCAUAAAAUGUAUAUAUAUGAGCAGUAGAUAUCUGUCGCUUGUCAAAUUUUCCUCUGCUGAUUUAUUUGACCUAACUAUUCCAUUACAAUAUUCAGUUUUUUUUUUAUAUGUACAUAAAUAAUGAAAAGUAAUUGUAAAAAAAAUGUUUAGUUUAGUUGAAAAUAGUUAAAGUAGUUUUCAAGAUUUAUGCUACCACAGAUUGUGAGUUUGGAGGUUGGAAGUUCAAACCUUCUAAAAGCACAUUCUUUGCAACAAUUCUGUUUAUAUAUUUAAAUUAAAUUACUUUCCUGAGUUUGUAGUGAUAUUUAAAACCCUUUAUUUUUAGUGAAACUGAAAUAUGAUCAUAAAAAUGGAGGGGAGGGGAGGGGAUUGAAAGCUAAAACCACCUAAAGGCACAUAUUAGAAAUGUUGUACUCUAUGCAUAUACAAAAUUGCAUCCCCUUUUAGGGACCUAUAUUUAUUGGUAUACAAAUCUAUAGACACCCUCUUCCUAUAAUGUGAAAAGUUUAUAUUAAAAUUCAUCACACAUUUUCAUUACUACAAUCUUCUUCUCCUUUGCAUCCACCUCAAUUAUUUGCUUUGGCCAAUUAUCAAUCUGCUUUUUAAUAAUAAAAAACUGAUUCAUGAGUUUGAGGUAUUUUGGUUCUGGUUCUAAGUAUCCAAAUAUACCAGGAAAAGAUAUGAAUAAACAGUAUUAUAAUUUCAAUUAUUGGGAGAAUAUUCUAUUAAAAUUAUCAAAAAAAGUGGGCCAGUAAAGUAACAUUAAUCUAUCCUUAUAAUAUAAAGUUAUUAGUUAUUAUUGUUAUUAGUUACCUAUAGAUAUGUUUUUUUUUUCAUAUAUAGGUGUUUACAAAUGAUACAAUUACUGAUAAAAAUCCUAUAGCCAUAUCAAAUUUACCUCAGCAUAAAAAACACCAGACGCCCAAACGUGUUUCAUUAUUCAGUAAGUACUUGAAUUUACAGAGAAAACUGUGUACACAAAUUCUAUUUUCCAAAAAGAGUUCUGAUAACCGUUUAUAUAAAGCAAAAUCAUGUUCAGAGAUGGCAAAUUCUAAAAUAGCUGUCAGAGAAGUGAGUAUAGAUAGGUGUUAAUAACCGUAGUUUAAAAAUGCACAGUUAAUGUAUUAUUAUUUAAUUUAGCUAUAUUAAUAUUACUUCCUUUUUGUUUUUAAUUGUUAAAAUUUUACCAAAAAAAAAACCAUUACGUCCAAUUUUUUAGUACACUAUUAUGAUGCUCAUAAUUAUAGGAUAUUAUUAUUACAUUAUUACAUCAUGAUAAUGUUUUAUUUAAAAUUUUAAUUUCUACUUAAUUUUUAUUCAUAACAACAUUUUAUCAAAAUAAUCCUAGAAUUUUAGUCCAAUAUUGACUAAUUUAUUUAUUUUAUGAUCAUUAAUGGUUUAUUUUAAUAAGGUAUUCUUUCGUUAGCAUAUUUUAAUUAGUUAUUUAACCAAAGUUAAUUUUUACUUACACAUUAUACUUUUAUAAAAGACUAGCUUAAAAUGUGUUGCAUAGUAGAAGAACACAUGGAAUUUUUUUUUUUCAAGGGCAUACAUACAUUUAUUUGGUCAUAAUUCUAAAAAAACAUAUAGUAUAGCAAAUUUGUGUUAAGCAGAUCCAAUUUUGGGAUGUUAUUUUUAAUAAAAAAAUGAAUUGACCUUUUAUCAAACCUAAAGGUAAGAACAUUAUCUGUGUUUGUACGUUGGUUUUUUUUGUUAUUUAAAAUUUAAAUAAGUAAAUUUACAAAAACUUAUUUCUAAGCUUGCUUAAAAAUCAGAAUAUUAUAAAAAUCAAUACAGAUAUUGUGAAGAAUGUUUUUACCUUAAAGUUUGAUGAUAAAUCUACUAAACUAAAAUUUAAAACAUUUAUUUGGUUCUGCUGAUUGCAAAUUUGCUGUCAUGAGUUUAUAGGAUAGAGACGAGACAAUAAAAACAUAUGUAGUGCUCUCUUAAGUUUCUUAGUCAAUAUCAAUACAUAUUAUUUUAAUUUAAUAAAAUAUUAAAUGUAUCGGUUUAAAAAUAAUACCUAACUUAAUAGUUAAUUUAUGAAAUCAGACUAGUCAAUUUUACUCUCAAUUAAGAUCACAAAGAAAUCAUUUUUUUUUUAUAUAUUGUUUAGAAGAAUAUUGUUGUUUUAUUAUUAUUAUUUCUUUUUAUUUAAUGGUUAAAAUAUUUAAUACAUAUGCUUCAAGUACAAGUAGUCUAGGUAAUAUUGAUAAUGCAGCAAAAUUUUUAUGUAACAAAAUUUAAUAAAUAGAAAAAACAUUUGGUCAAAAGUGUUGAAAAAAUGGUCAUGUUUAAAAUUUAAAAUUAUAUAUGAAUAUGCCAAGUGGUCAUAUAUGAAUGUGUAACUUAUAAAAGAAGUACCCGAUUCAGUUACAUACUAUGAUGAAGUUCCCAAAAAUAAUUUUUUUAAAAGUUUUGCUGCAGAUAAAAAUAUAUUACAUAAAUUAAUUAAUUGAUUAUGAAAAAAUGUUUAAAAUAAUUCUUCAUAUAAUUUAGAUAAUAUUAUUUUACAACAAAACUGUCAUACUUGACAGUUGUACAAUCACUGUACUGUGCCAUAAAUAUAUAUUAGAGUAGUCCUUAUUUUUAAUCUUUGAUACCUUCAAUUUGGUUUCAAUAUGUAUUCGAAUGGCAUUCAUCGUCUGAUAAAACAAAGUAAAAAGGAAGGGAUUGUUUGAGAAAACCUUAACAGUAAUCAACCAUAAUUUAUUUAUAUAUAUAAUAUGUAUCAAAAUUAAAUUAUGGGAUCUACUAAAAAAAUAAUUUAAAAAAAUCACUUAAGGAACACCCUAUUAUAAUAUACAUAAUUUAAUUAUAUUAAUAUUAUUUUAUUUUUCAUUGAUAUAUUAUCAACAAAAUAAAAGUGCUAUAUAAUAAUAUUAAUAAGUAAAUCACCAAUGUUGAAUUAAUAUAUUUAACUAGUGAUGGAGCAAUGGUGUUUACAUAUUAUUAUUAUUAUAUAUUGCACUUUUAUUUUGUUGAUAACAACCCAACUUCAUAAAAUAGUAAAAUAUAUUUGUUUAUUAAAAAUUUUAAAUAUGUUAAACAUUGACAAUCGAAGGAUAUUCCCUUAUUUUUGUUAUAAAAUUCAAUGUGUUUGGUAUCCUAAUAUUUUUUUUUAAUAAAUAAUAAUGAAUUAUCAAUGUUAAUUAAUUUUGUGAAAUAGUUUAAUUAAUAAAUUAAAUAACCCUACAAUUUUUUUUUCUUAUAGGAAUGUUAAAUUAUCAUAAUUAAAAUUUGUUUUCAUUAUAUUGUACUUUUAGUCGUAUUAUUUAUUUUUAAUUAAAAUGGGCAUACGUAUGUGACAUAUGUUAUAUUUAAUAUUAUAUAAAGUGUAACUUGGAUACCAUUAAUAAAUUAUGUAAUUUAAAAAUGAAUUGGUUGUGAUUAUUAUGGAAUUAGAAUUAUUAUGAAUAAACAAAUGUAUUUCCUUUUUAUUUAAAAUGUAUUUUUCUUUUUAUCUUUAUGUAAAUUGUUAAAAUAUUAAACAUUUAUUAUGCCUUAACUUCCUUCAAUAAUUCGUUAUUGAUCCUUUAAUAAUUUGUUACAAUUUACAAUAAAAUAUUUAGUAAUAUUUUUACUAUACUCAAUAUACAAUUUAUAUACAGGAACUGUAGCUUUUAAGGAAAUAGUUAAUAUAAUAAAAAAAUUAUUUAAAAUGAACUUAAUGUUAUGUGUUUACGUAGUAUCCUUUGUAGAAUUUUAAAUACAUUGUUUUAAAAUUACUUUUUCAUAAAUACCUAUGUAUUCAAUAUCCUGCUAACAAUAAAUACUAUACUAAUACUCUAUUGAUUCUUAUGACUUAAUUGAACUUGUAAAUUUGAAUUAUUAUUAAUCUAUAAGAUUAUAAUAUCUAGAGUGUGAUACAUUAUUGUUAUUAUUAGUAGUAGUGGUAGAAGUAGUAGUUAUAUUACUGUAGCAUCAAUGAAAAUUCUAUUAUGUGUAGAAAUGUACAACCACACAUACAGUAAACUGGUACAUAUUUACCUACUAGUUAUUAGGUAUAUCUUAUAUAUUUUAACAUUUAUUAUAUUUACUCAUAGAUAAUAUAUUAUAAUAAAUAUAAAAUAUUAUACAUAUUAUAUAUCUAUGUAUUUACCACAGUAUAUUAAUAUAAUUUCCCCUAUGGUAUGUUCACAUUAGUGAUUUUUUUAAUAGUUAAUACCUCAUUUAGUAUUCUGGUUAUUUUUUUUUAAAUUGUGUUUAUUAAUUAAAUCAUAAAUAUCAUGUGCAUUUUUAUUAAUUUGUGAAAAUAUCAAACUGUCUUAUAUUAAAAAAAAUAAUCAAAUAGGUAAUAUUAAGUUUAAUACUACAAUGUUGGGUAACAA